AUGUUCUCUGCCAUGCUAAAAGAUGCCUGCCGUAAUGAGCGUCCCGGGACCCGCGUCGUCGACAGGACAGACUGUAACCUCCUCAACUACAGGCACUUCCAGUCGCGUGUAUCCACAACCACCGUCCAUGAACUCCUCUUCGUCAACGACUGCGCCCUCAACGCCACCUCGGAAGGGGACAAGCAAAGGAGCAUGGACCUCUUCGCCGCCGUCUGCGACAACUUUGUUCUGGUCAUCAACACGGAAGAACCCAAUUUGCUGAUCGAAUUCUAG